AUGUCGUCGAUACCCCCUCCACCACCACCAGGAUGGAGCUCAUCAGCUCCUCCCUCGUUACCACUGGGUGCGCCACCCGGUGCACCUCCUCCCCCAGGCUACCGACCACCAGUAGAUCCUCAAGUGGCCAAAUUCGCAGAGAAAAAGAAGCAAUGGCUGCGAUCGCAAAGGAAUCGAUUUGGAGAAAAAAGGAAGGGUGGAUUUGUGGAGACUCAAAAGGCGGAUAUGCCACCGGAACAUCUUCGAAAGAUUGUAAAGGACAUUGGAGAUGUUUCGCAGAAAAAGUUCAGCAGUGACAAGCGAAGUUAUCUUGGAGCGCUUAAAUUUAUGCCUCACGCCGUAAUGAAGUUACUGGAGAAUAUGCCGAUGCCGUGGGAGUCUGCGAGGGAAGUCAAGGUCCUAUACCACAUCAAUGGAUGCCUGACUCUGGUCAACGAAUCCCCAAGAGUUAUUGAGCCCGUGUUUCAUGCCCAAUGGGCUACUAUGUGGGUUUGUAUGAGGAGGGAGAAGAGCGACCGCCGACAUUUCAAGCGAAUGCGAUUUCCACCAUUCGACGAUGAAGAGCCGCCACUUUCAUGGUCCGAGAACAUCGAAGACGUAGAGCCCCUGGAACCAAUUCAAAUGGAGUUGGAUGAAGAGGAGGAUGGUGCGGUAUUCGAAUGGUUCUAUGAGAAUAGACCUCUCCUUGAUACGCCACAUGUCAACGGACCUAGUUACAAAGAAUGGAACCUUUCCUUACCACAAAUGGCGGCGCUGUACCGGCUAAGUCACCAGCUGUUGAGCGAUCUGGUGGACAAGAAUUACUUUCACAUGUUUGAGCUGAACAGUUUUCUGACAGCCAAGGCACUGAAUGUUGCCAUUCCUGGAGGACCUAGAUUCGAACCACUUUACAAAGACGUCGAUCCCAAUGACGAAGAUUUUGGCGAAUUCAACGCCAUCGAUCGCAUUAUCUUUCGCGCCCCUAUCCGAACAGAAUACCGAGUCGCAUUCCCAUUUCUGUACAACUCCCUGCCCCGCAGCGUGAAAUUGUCGUGGUAUUCGCAUCCUCAAGUUGUUUACCUGCGCGCCAAAGACCCUAGUUUACCCGCCUUCUACUUCGACCCUGCCAUCAACCCUAUCUCUUCUAGAUCCGUUGAGCCCAAAAAUAUAACAGUUAGCCAUGAAGAUGAAAUAUUUGGGCCGGGAAAUAAAGAGGAGCCGGAGGAAGAUGCAUUUGAACUACCGGAAGAUGUUGAACCUUUCUUUAACGACGAGGAGUUGGCCACGGACGAUACAGCAGCGGCUAUUGCCCUAUGGUGGGCACCAUUUCCAUUCGACAGAAGGUCAGGUCGGAUGGUGAGGGCUCAGGAUGUUCCAUUAGUGAAGCAGUGGUACCUUGAACAUUGUCCUCAAGGUCAGCCAGUAAAGGUCAGAGUAUCAUACCAAAAACUCUUGAAGACUUACGUCUUGAAUGAGCUGCACAAGAAGAAGCCAAAAGCUCAAAGCAAGCAGAGUCUGAUGAAAUCGCUCAAGGGCACCAAAUUCUUCCAACAAACCACGAUCGAUUGGGUUGAAGCCGGUCUUCAAGUCUGUCGCCAAGGUUUUAAUAUGCUCAACCUCUUGAUUCACAGGAAGAACCUGACUUAUCUUCAUCUUGAUUACAAUUUCAAUUUGAAACCCGUCAAAACCUUGACCACCAAAGAGCGAAAGAAGUCCCGUUUUGGAAACGCCUUCCAUCUUAUGCGAGAAAUUCUGAAAUUAACAAAGUUGAUUGUUGAUGCUCAAGUCCAGUACAGACUCGGUAAUAUCGAUGCUUUUCAACUCGCAGAUGGAAUCUUAUACGCCUUUAACCAUGUGGGCCAGCUGACUGGAAUGUACCGUUACAAGUACAAACUCAUGCACCAAAUUCGAUCGUGCAAGGACUUGAAGCAUCUCAUCUACUAUCGAUUUAACUCUGGGCCUGUCGGGAAGGGACCUGGCUGCGGUUUCUGGGCUCCCGCUUGGAGGGUUUGGCUGUUUUUUAUGCGAGGUAUUAUUCCCCUCCUGGAGCGAUGGCUUGGAAAUCUUCUAUCCAGGCAAUUUGAAGGUCGACACAGUAAAGGAGUUGCAAAGACAGUUACGAAACAACGUGUUGAGUCUCAUUUCGAUCUGGAACUUCGCGCCUCGGUUAUGGCCGAUCUGAUGGAUAUGAUGCCAGAAGGAAUUAAACAGAACAAGGUCAACACAGUCCUGCAGCAUCUUUCCGAAGCUUGGAGAUGUUGGAAGAGCAACAUUCCUUGGAAGGUUCCUGGUCUGCCAGCACCCAUCGAAAACAUUAUCCUCCGAUAUGUGAAAAGCAAGGCAGAUUGGUGGAUAUCUGUUGCACACUACAACAGAGAGCGUAUCCGUAGAGGUGCUACCGUCGAUAAGACUGUUGCAAAAAAGAACUUAGGGCGUCUCACGAGGUUAUGGCUCAAAGCCGAACAAGAGAGACAGCACAAUUACAUGAAGGAUGGGCCAUACGUCUCCUCUGAAGAAGCUGUGGCCAUCUACACUACCACUGUUCACUGGCUGGAAUCUCGAAAAUUCUCACCCAUUCCAUUCCCCAGUGUGUCAUACAAGCACGAUACCAAGAUUCUCAUUCUCGCGUUGGAACGUCUCAGAGAGGCAUAUUCCGUCAAGGGUAGACUCAACCAGAGUCAGCGUGAGGAAUUGGCCCUGAUCGAGCAAGCAUACGAUAGUCCGGGUACAACCUUAGAGAGGAUCAAGAGAUUCCUUCUUACCCAACGAGCAUUCAAGGAAGUAGGAAUCGAUAUGAACGAUAAUUAUAGCACCAUCAAUCCGGUCUACGAUAUUGAGCCAGUGGAGAAGAUUAGCGAUGCCUAUCUUGAUCAAUAUCUUUGGUAUCAAGCUGAUCAACGACACUUGUUCCCAGCCUGGAUCAAGCCUUCCGAUUCUGAAGUUCCGCCAUUACUUACUUACAAAUGGGCUCAGGGUAUCAAUAAUCUUGACAAGGUUUGGGAGACUGCAGAUGGAGAGUGCAACGUCAUGAUAGAGACCCAACUAUCAAAGGUUUAUGAGAAGAUUGAUCUUACUUUGCUCAACAGACUGCUGAGACUUAUUAUGGAUCACAAUCUUGCGGAUUACAUUUCGUCAAAGAACAACGUCCAACUCACAUACAAAGACAUGAACCACGUCAACAGUUAUGGUAUGAUCCGUGGCCUCCAGUUUUCGGCAUUCGUUUUCCAAUAUUAUGGACUUGUCCUCGACUUGUUGUUGCUUGGCCUACAACGUGCUAGUGAGAUUGCUGGCCCACCGCAAAGUCCUAACGACUUCUUGCAAUUCCGCGAUCGAGAGACCGAAACGAGACAUCCUAUUCGAUUAUACACAAGAUACAUCGACCGAAUCUGGGUGUUUUUCAGAUUUAAUGCAGAGGAAUCGAGAGACUUGAUUCAACGCUUCUUGACGGAACAGCCAGACCCUAACUUCGAGAAUGUGAUCGGAUAUCGAAACAAAAAGUGUUGGCCACGAGACUCUCGUAUGCGACUUAUGAGACACGAUGUCAACCUUGGACGUGCUGUUUUCUGGGAUUUGAAAAAUCGUCUACCGAGGUCCGUCACCACAAUCGAGUGGGACGAUACAUUCUCCAGUGUUUAUAGCAGAGAUAACCCCAAUCUUCUCUUUUCCAUGUGUGGGUUUGAGGUCAGAAUCUUGCCAAAGAUCCGAAAUCAGAACGAUGAAUUCCCAGUCAAGGACAGUGUGUGGUCUCUGGUCGACAACACCAGCAAAGAGAGAACAGCCCAUGCUUUUCUUCAGGUGACUGAGGAAGAUAUCGCUAAGUUCAACAAUCGUAUUCGUCAAAUUCUCAUGUCAUCUGGGUCAACGACGUUCACCAAAAUUGCCAACAAAUGGAAUACAAGUCUGAUUGCGCUCUUCACGUAUUACCGUGAGGCAGCUGUUUCAACCGUCAAUCUUCUAGACACCAUCGUCAAGUGCGAAACCAAGAUCCAAACAAGAGUUAAAAUCGGUCUGAACUCCAAAAUGCCUUCUCGUUUCCCACCAGCUGUAUUUUAUACACCAAAGGAGUUGGGUGGUUUGGGUAUGAUCUCCGGAUCUCAUAUCCUUAUUCCAACUAGUGAUAAGCGUUUCUUCCAGCAAACCGACGUAGGAGUGACCCAUUUCCGAGCUGGAAUGACACAUGGCCACAGUGAAGACACCCUGAUCCCCAAUAUUUUCAGAUACAUUAUUCCUUGGGAGGCGGAGUUCAUCGACUCCCAGCGAGUAUGGACGGAAUACUCUCAGAAGCGACAGGAAGCGAACCAACAAAACAGAAGACUCACGCUAGAGGAUCUCGAGGACAGUUGGGACCGCGGAUUACCUCGUAUCAACACUCUUUUCCAGAAAGACAGAAGUACUUUGAGUUUCGACAAAGGUUUCCGUGCACGUACGGAGUUUAAGACCUACCAGUUGAUGAAGAGCAAUCCUUUUUGGUGGACAAGUCAACGCCAUGACGGAAAGUUGUGGAACCUGAAUGCGUACCGUACGGAUGUCAUCCAAGCCCUCGGUGGUGUUGAGACAAUUCUAGAACAUACCCUAUUCAAAGCCACCGCGUUUCCAUCUUGGGAAGGUCUCUUUUGGGAAAAGGCCUCAGGCUUCGAAGAAUCCAUGAAGUUUAAGAAGCUUACGAACGCUCAAAGAUCUGGUCUGAACCAGAUUCCGAAUCGUCGCUUCACUCUUUGGUGGUCACCCACUAUCAACAGAGCCAACGUCUACGUUGGUUUCCAGGUCCAACUAGAUCUGACGGGUAUCUUCCUUCAUGGUAAAAUCCCGACGCUCAAGAUCUCUCUCAUCCAGAUCUUCCGAGCACAUCUGUGGCAGAAAAUCCACGAGUCCGUGGUAAUGGAUCUUUGCCAAGUCUUCGAUCAAGAAUUGGAACAACUGGGUAUCGAGACCGUUCAGAAAGAGACUAUCCAUCCAAGAAAAUCUUACAAGAUGAACAGCUCUUGUGCUGAUAUUCUCCUGUUCGCAAGUCACAAGUGGAAUGUUACACGGCCAGCUCCCUUGUUCGACACGAAAGAUGUCAUCGAGCCUACCACCACGAACAAAUUUUGGGUUGAUGUCCAAUUGCGCUAUGGUGAUUAUGACUCGCAUGAUAUUGAGCGCUAUGUACGCGCAAAAUACCUCGAUUAUACUACCGACAGCAUGAGUAUCUAUCCAUCCGCCACGGGUCUCAUGAUUGGCAUUGAUCUAGCCUACAACCUCUACUCCGCUUAUGGCCAAUACUUCCCUGGUUUGAAGAUGCUUGUUCAACAGGCGAUGGCGAAGAUCAUGAAGGCUAACCCAGCCUUGUACGUUCUGAGAGAAAGAAUCCGCAAGGGUCUUCAGCUUUACGCAUCAGAAAGUAACCAAGAAUUCUUGAACUCCCAGAAUUACUCUGAGCUGUUCAGCAAUCAAGUCCAGCUUUUCAUCGACGAUACCAACGUCUAUCGUGUUACGAUCCACAAGACUUUUGAAGGUAAUUUGACUACCAAGCCAAUCAACGGCGCAAUCUUCAUCUUCAACCCACGCACUGGUCAGCUAUUUUUGAAAAUCAUUCAUACCAGUGUUUGGGCAGGUCAAAAACGUCUAGGUCAAUUGGCCAAGUGGAAAACUGCGGAAGAAGUCGCCGCGCUCAUUCGAUCAUUGCCAAUCGAAGAACAACCUAAGCAGCUAAUUGUCACUCGAAAGGGUCUACUUGAUCCCCUGGAAGUUCACUUGCUGGAUUUCCCUAAUAUCUCAAUUAGAGCAUCCGAGCUGCAACUUCCGUUCCAGGCGGCAAUGAAAGUCGAGAAGCUUGGUGAUAUGAUCCUCCGAGCGACUGAGCCACAGAUGGUAUUGUUCAAUCUCUACGACGAAUGGUUGAAGACAAUUUCCUCCUACACGGCCUUUUCCCGUCUUAUUCUUAUUCUCCGUGCCCUUCACGUAAAUAUGGAUAAGACCAAAUUACUCCUCCGACCAGACAAGACCGUCAUUACGCAAGACCAUCAUAUCUGGCCAUCUCUAUCGGAAGAUGAUUGGAUCAAAGUCGAAACGCAAUUACGAGACCUCAUCUUGAAUGACUAUGGCAAGAAGAACAAUGUCAAUACUUCCAGUCUGACAAGUAGUGAAGUCCGAGACAUCAUUCUGGGAAUGGAGAUUAGUGCGCCGUCUAUGCAACGUCAACAGGCUGCUGAAAUUGAAAAACAGCAACAGGAACAGCAGCAGCUUACCGCAGUGACAACCAAGACCCAAAACGUUCAUGGAGAAGAUAUUAUUGUGACAACUACAUCGCAAUUCGAACAACAAACCUUUGCAUCAAAGACGGAAUGGCGGACUAGGGCCAUCGCAACCUCCAAUCUCCGUACUCGAGCGAACAACAUCUACAUCUCAUCUGAUGACAUCAAGGAGGACGAUCAUUACACGUACAUCAUGCCGAAGAACAUCCUCAAGCGAUUUAUCACGAUUGCAGAUCUACGCGUUCAAGUUGCCGGCUACCUAUACGGAUCUUCGCCCCCCGACAACGAUCAAGUCAAGGAGAUCCGAUGCAUUGUGAUGGUCCCCCAAAUCGGAAAUACACGCGAUAUCCAACUUCCGCAACAACUUCCACAACACGAGUACCUCGAGCAGAUGGAGCCACUAGGAAUCAUCCACACGGUCUCCGGCAAUGAGCCGCCGUAUAUGAGCGCUGCGGAUGUCACGCAGCAUUCGCGCCUGAUGAAUGCACAUAAAUCAUGGGAUAAGAAAACCGUUAGUAUGACGGUCUCAUUCACGCCAGGGAGUGUAUCUCUUGCCUCUUGGGCGCUUACACCUGCAGGAUACAAAUGGGGUGCAGAAAACAAGGACAUGGGAAGCGAUCAGCCUCAAGGAUUCAGUACGAGUAUGGGAGAGAAAUGCCAGUUGCUUCUCAGUGACAAGAUACGAGGUUAUUUCCUUGUUCCAGAGAACAACACAUGGAAUUACAGCUUUAUGGGAAGUGCGUUUGGUGGCAUCGAGAAGAAGCCGGUACAUGUCAAGAUUGACACGCCGUUGCCAUUCUACAGCGACCAACAUCGACCACUCCACUUCCAGAAUUUUGCAGAGUUGGAGAACCUGUUCGUCGACCGAGAGGACGUAUUCGCUUAG